CACCACUAAUUUCCAUAAACAUAUAUGCCUCUUUCAUGUUAGUCUUGCAUUGAAAAUAAAAAGGACACCCUUUUAGGUACUUACCAACACGACACGUAUACUAAUUAAUGACCAUAUUUUGUGGUUGUGGAUAAAUACUAUCGUGAUCUCAUUUUUCUUCCUCAAACCUAGAAUCAUGGAGGUGAGCAAUGAUCCUAUUGCAAUGGCAACGGUGGCACCUCUUGCUCCGGUAACGAGUGAACGACCAAUUCGGGAUGAUCUUGAGACCUCAAUUCCGAAACCUUACUUGGCUAGAGCUUUUGUUGCACCCGAUAUGGAACAUCCUGAUGGAACACCAGAUCACAACCCUCGUGGCAUGAGCGUUCUCCAGCAACAUGCUGCCUUUUUUGAUCUUGAUAACGAUGGCAUUGUUUAUCCUUGGGAGACUUACAAAGGGUUUCGAAUGCUUGGCUUCAACAUAUUGUUCUCUCUCUUCAGUGGGAUCAUAAUAAAUUUGCUAUUAAGUUACUCAUCUCUCCCAGGUUACAUACCAUCUCUUUUGUUGCCAAUUUACAUAUCCAACAUUCAUAAAUGCAAGCAUGCAAGUGAUUCUGGGACGUAUGACACAGAAGGAAGGUAUCUUCCAGUUAAUUUUGAAAAUAUAUUCAGCAAAUACAGCAAAACAAAGCCCGAUAAACUAACAUUGAAGGAGCUAUGGAACUUGACGGAUGGAAAUCGUGUUACAUUUGGCACCAUCGGAUGGCUUGUAAACAAGCUAGAAUGGGGAACUGCAUACCUUCUUGCUAAAGAUGAUGAAGGUUACGUAUCAAAAGAAGACAUUAGAGGUAUCUUUGAUGGCAGUUUAUUCGAAAAAAUAGCAAAGAAGAAUUCGGUUGAGGGUAAAAAGAAGCGUUGAUAAUGAUCCAUAUGGCUAUAUAUAUAUAUAUAGUGUUUGAUUAUUAUAAUUAGAAUAAUAAAAUAUUUGAACAUGACAACAAGAAGACAUGGAUUGAUUUAUGGAUGCAUUUUAUCUAUAUUAUUUAUAAUAAUGUAUCAUGCAUCGUAAUGUAAUCAUUUUGGAACUACAUGCAACACAUACACGCAUGUAUAUCCAUACCUAAAUCUCUUAGUUUUCUACACUCGUUCUUCCAUAUCUCUUAGCUUUGUACACUUCACAUAAUAAUUAAUUUAUGUGAGAAUGUGGCCACAAAAGGGUUUCCUUAUAACAAAUUCAGACUAUGUGUUGAAUCUUAUGCUUCAUGGCAUCAUAGAAGGCUUUUCUAGCUCUUUAUUGCUUUUGACACCAAUAUGGCCAAAUUGAGGUGAAAUAGAACUAAUAAUAAUUAAGAGAACUUUUCGG